AAGAGACGAGUAAACACAUUGAUCUGUGUCACUUUAACCUGGCACCACUCCCUACCUGAGCCUGGGAGCAAGUAGAGAAAAUGACAAACAGCAGAGUAAAGGCUGCCUGGAUGCAGAAUAGAGCCUCUUCUUCAUUCUUUUGGGAAAAACACCAACAAGAUCCCAGAGGUGUCAGGAAGCACUAAAAAGGAAGAAAGUGAGGAUGAUACGGUGUAUGCGGCGUCGCUCCAGGACAAUCUGUCUGUCCUUGGCCUUCAUCACCAUUUCCCUCCACCUCCUCCUGGCGCUCACCUCGCUUUCCAUUUACCACCAGCCCUGUGACCCCCCACCGCCUCCCAGGACAGACAUCCUGAGAGUCCUGGCACGCACCAACUACACUUCUGUGGGGGUCAGUGGAGGUCCAGCUGAGCCACCAACUGAUACUUUACAAAGACAUUUUUCCAACAAAGAUGCCAAAGGGAGUGCCAAAGGUCAGGUACAAACACUUUCAGACAAAGGCUGGUCAGUGAAAGGAGGUGAAAACGCCUUAAUCAAUUUGGCAGGCGGCGUGGGCCAUCAUGAUUCCAACCAAGCUGAACCUUUGGAGUCUGACUUGUCAAAGCUGGAGGCGCUGUUUGACCAUCCGCUUUACAACAUACCCAGUCCUGCUGUCCCUGAGGAGGACUGGCUGCUGAAAGUGAAACCAAAGGUGAAGGCGAGUGAGAAGAGCUCACAGAUGUGGGUGAGUGCAAGCCAGGAAGCCUACGAGGAUGUCCAGUGGAGCAGCGACAGUAACAGCCACCCACCGUGGCUGAGAUUCCACCUGAACAUCUCCCGCUGGCAGCUCUACCUCCAUCGUGACCCCAACAUGGAGCCUCUGACCCAGCAGCUUGCCACGAACCGCAUCGUCAGUGCAGUGCAGAAGUCUGGCGGGACGCAGCUCAAGCUGGUGAUGUCAUUCCCCAACUAUGGACAAGCCAUGUUCAAACCCAUGAAGCAGGACAGAGAUGAAGAGACCAACUACAACCUCUACUACUUUUCUGACUUUGAGAGACACAAUGCAGAAAUCGCAGCUUUUCACCUGGACAGGAUUUUGGGCUACAGGAGAGUCCCUCCUGUGGCUGGGAGGUUGGUUGAUGUGGUCAAAGAGAUCAAAGACAUCACGACCGACCGCAAGCUGGCCCGAACCUUUUUCACCUCCCCUGUGGGGAACGUGUGCUUCUACGGCCAGUGCUCCUACUACUGCUCAACAGAGCAUGCUGUGUGCGGCCGCCCCCGGCACCUGGAGGCCUCCUUGGCUGUCAUGCUGCCAGAUCUGUCCCUGGCCGCCCGCAGGACCUGGAGAUCCCCAUGGAGACGCUCCUACAGCCGCAGCAAGCUGGCAAAAUGGGAGACAGAACCUGACUACUGUUCGACAGUGAAAAAGACCCCGCCGUACGACAAAGGCACCAGACUGGUGGACUUCAUGGAUAUGGUCAUACUGGACUUCUUGAUGGGUAACAUGGACAGGCACCACUAUGAAACGUUUGAGAAGUUUGGCAACAAUACUUUUCUACUGCACCUGGACAAUGGGAGGGCAUUUGGGCGUCACUCCAAAGAUGAACCUUCUAUCUUAGCUCCACUAGAACAGUGCUGCAGAAUCCGUCGCUCUACUUGGCUACGCCUGCGCCUUCUGUCUUUGCCACAGUAUCGCCUUAGUGACGUCAUGAGGGCCUCGCUUUUCAGUGAUCCCCUUCACAGGGUGGCCCCACUGCUGUCAGAGCCCCACCUCGCUGCUCUCAAUCGACGUUUGAAAACUGUGCUAGAGACCAUAGGUCGUUGCCAAAAGCAACAGAAAGAGGAUGGUGGUGGUGAAGAGAUCUUUUAUGACGAUAUUGCCGAUUUGAAAGACCUGGUCGUUCCUCCUGAGUAGAGCAGCCACACACGUUCACCACGUGGUGUCUGUGUCUAUAAUUACACUAGAUUCUGCAAAACAAUAGAGGAGUUAAUGCCAAACUUAAAGACACAAGAAUCAAAAUUGUGUCUUGACAUACUCCCAGUUAAAACAGUAUGCAUACACGCUUGAAUACUGAAGUUUAAGAACCAUCUUUGACUUAUAGCUGUGACACACACUACAACAUGCAUACCGUAAAACGGGGCUAUAAGGGACAGCGGGGUAAUAAGGGACACUUUUCCGGAAAAUGUUUUAAAUGUAAUUCUGUGGUUUUUAUGUUGAGCAAGAUGCGGUUUUGUGUUGUUUUUAUCAAUUAUCCAUGAAUUCUUAAAGAAAUCUAGGUAAAAACCGCAGAAUUACAUUUAAAACAUUUUCCGGAAAAGUGUCCCUUAUUACCCCGCUGUCCUAGCCUAGCCGCACUAGACAACCCACAACAACGAAUUUAAUUCUCUGCCAGGGUAGGUCUAGUUACCCUCCAUAAGGCUCGAGGCUGGAUUCUCCUAAAACUGGCCGGACCAAUCACCAUGAAGUGUAGAGUCAGAAGGCGGGCGUAACGAAGUGACGACAGAGGUGCGACGAUUCUGACAGAAACAACCAGCGCACAAUAAACAGUUAUCUUUCGACUCGGUUUUGACCACAGCUCUUAAAGAUUUGAAGCUAAAAUCCGACUUGAAAGAUAAACAAAGGACGGCACUGAAGUGUUUCAUUGAGAAGAAAGACGUAUUUGGACUUAUGCCAACGGGAUAUGUCAAAUCCUUAAUAUACCAGUUGGCUCCGCUGGUUGGGAAGCUAAUGGGACUUAGCCACAAUCCGCCGGUGCUCUCGGAACUACGUCAGCCUAUUCGUUCCGUUGAUCGGUUGUAUACCUACCCAAUUGCUGCAGAGGGAUUUGAUAGACAACCUUUUAGCCCGCCUCCCUCCCUGUCGAGCGGUCCUAGACCCUUGUGCCGUCAGAAACAUGGGUGUAGCAUGGCUAGGCUACCGCUGUCCCUUAUAGCCCCAUUUUACGGUACUUUUUUUAGCCAAUUUCAUGUACCGUAGCAUUGUUGUUGGAAAAGGGAACGUAGCUAUUUGAGUGCCAGUAAAUGACUCAAAGUGACUGUUGCAGUAGGAAUUACCAACAAUCAGUACAACUCAGUCUUUUAAUUAACUUAAAGGAACACCUUUGGAAUCUCAUUUCCAUUUGGUAAUCCUGACAGUAGCUUUAUGCAAUCUGUCAAAACUUUGUUUGUCCAUUCUCCAUAUAAUUUUCCACCAAACUUCUGCUCUGAUCACCCAGAAGCAACAAAAACACAAUGCAGCAUUCAGUCGUGUGUGUCCUCUGGGUCUGUGUGUCUGCCUGACCUUGGCUGUUUCCUCUCUAUGUGUAGGUCUGUUUUUUUCCUGGAUUUGCUAUUAUUAUAGUAAUGGAAAUGAAAUACAGACAGAUUUGUAAUUUC